UCACCACCACCAGCACCACCACCAGCACCACUAUCACCAUCACCACCAUCACCACUAUCACCAUCACCACCACCAGCACCACCAUCACCACCACCACUAUCACCAUCACCACCAUCACCACCACCAGCACCACUAUCACCAUCACCACCAUCACCACCACCAGCACCACCAUCACCACCAUCACCACCAUCACCACUAUCACCAUCACCACCAUCACCACCACCAGCACCACUAUCACCACCACCACCAUCACCACUAUCACCAUCACCACCAUCACCACCACCAGCACCACCAUCACCACCACCAGCACCACUAUCACCAUCACCACCAUCACCACCACCAGCACCACCAUCACCACCAUCACCACCAUCACCACUAUCACCAUCACCACCAUCACCACCACCAGCACCACUAUCACCACCACCACCAUCACCACUAUCACCAUCACCACCAUCACCACCACCAGCACCACCAUCACCACCACCAGCACCACUACCACCAUCACCACCAUCACCACCACCAGCACCACCAUCACCACCACCAGCACCACUAUCACCAUCACCACCAUCACCACCACCAGCACCACCAUCACCACCAUCACCACCAUCACCACUAUCACCAUCACCACCAUCACCACCACCAGCACCACUAUCACCACCACCACCAUCACCACUAUCACCAUCACCACCAUCACCACCACCAGCACCACCAUCACCACCACCAGCACCACUAUCACCAUCACCACCAUCACCACCACCAGCACCACCAUCACCACCACCACUAUCACCAUCACCACCAUCACCACCAUCACCACCAUCACCAUCACCACCAUCACCAUCACCACCACCAGCACCAAAACCAUCA